GCGGCCCCUGGGGCUGGGAGUCGCCGCAGACGCCAUUUCCUCAGCGCCCCCGCGGCGGCGCGGCUGCAUCAGCGCUGACGUGAGAGCGACGCGCGACUCCGCCCGGCCCAAUCCCCCCCACCCCCUGUGACGGGGGCAGCACGUACAGGGCGGCGGAAGAAUAUGUCUUGAUAAGAUGUUCUCCUUGUCCUUUUAUCUGUGGACAAAAAGUGCUAAAAGGUUCACACCUCUUGAGUGCAGAGAGUGGUAGUAAAGAGAGGGAGCCCAAGAGAACCUUGUUUUAAGACCCACAUCUCUUCCAUUAUGACUAAGUGUGCCAAGAAACACGACAAAACAGCUGGGAGACGGAUGACCAUGGAAAUGGUUGAAUCGCAACAGGAUGAUAACGCAGUGGAUUCUAUGUCAGAUAGAGACGCUGUUCACAAUCGCAGUCAGCCAGACAAGCGUGAGAUUUCCUCAGUAUCUCAGGUAGCAUCGAUUGCAGACGACUCUGCAGAAUCAGAAGAGAUAACUGAUACUCAAAAACGUAGGGAAAUACUUUCAAGAAGGCCUUCAUACCGAAAAAUUUUGAAUGAACUCUCUUCAGAUACUCCUGCAAUCCCAAGGAUUGAAGAAGAAAAGUCAGAAGAAGAAGGAGCUGGAAUUUCUCCACUGUCCAUGCCAAGCAGCCUGUAUCACUCUAGCACAGGGCAAUUCAUUGCUAUAACUCCAGGUGGUACAAUCCAGAUUUCUAGUCCACCUUCUGAUGGUGCCCAGGGACUGCAGACGUUAACAAUGACAAAUUCAGGAACUCCUCAGCCGGGUGCUACCAUUGUGCAAUACACAGCACAGUCAUCUGAUGGUACACAACAGUUUUUUGUUCCUGGAAGCCAACUUGUUGUUCAAGCUGCCACUGGAGACAUGCCAUCUUACCAGCUUCGGACUCCCACUACUAACUUACCUCAGGGAGUGGUAAUGGCAGCCUCCCCAGGGGCUCUGCAUAGUCCUCAGCAACUGGCAGAAGAGGCAACGCGCAAGAGAGAGCUGCGACUUAUGAAAAACAGGGAAGCUGCCAGAGAAUGUCGCAGGAAGAAGAAAGAAUAUGUCAAAUGUCUUGAAAAUCGUGUGGCUGUGCUUGAAAACCAAAACAAGACUCUCAUUGAGGAACUCAAGGCCCUCAAAGAUCUUUAUUGUCAUAAAGCAGAAUAACUGUCUUUCAUUCGGACCUUGUUUAUUAUGAACUUUAAUCAAGGCAUGAGAGGAAGCAAUUCUACAGAUUGCCAUAUGAACUUGAGAAAGAGACACUUGAGGCCCUUGUGGAACCCCAGUUUUGCUUAAUGUUUUCAGACUGAUUUGGGAGAUGCUCCAAAAUUUGGAAUUCAGUUGUAGUCUCCCUACUCUGCUGAGCUUUCUAAUAGCAUGCAAAUGGCUUUUUGUUUGCACUUUUUACUUCUGCUUUUUGCAGGGAAGCUGCUAAAGAAUGUCGACGUCGGAAGAAAGAAUACAUAAAAUGUCUGGAGAGUCGUGUUGCAGUGCUAGAAGUUCAGAACCAGAAACUUAUAGAGGAGCUUGAAACCCUUAAAGACAUUUGCUCUUCCAAAACAGAUUAGUAAAAAUAUUUAUUAUACUGUGAACUGACCUAAAAUAUGUCCGGUUGCUUUAUAAGGCAAUACAUGGCCAACAUGAAUUAUGGCUUUCUCUGUGUCAUUUAUAUUAUAUUCCAACUUCUAACAUUCCUGAAAUGCUUUCCUGCUUUUUGUCAAUUCAUAGCUCUGCUUACAGGUUUUCCAUGUUGCACCCUUCCACCUCCCAAGGAGCCAAAUGGUUUUAAAAAAACAAAGAAGUAUCAAAGUGAAAAAAACCCAUAAUUUCUAAGAGCUGUUUCUUUGCCAUAUAUUUACAUGCUACUUUUUACAUGUACUGCUAGUGUUCUGCACAUGCAAAAUAUUUUACAGCUGUUUCAAAUGAAUCAUAAAGAUAAUGCAUCCAGUGAUACGAGAAAAAUCAAAUAACUCAAGGUAUCUCAGGAAAGAGUUUAUAAAAGAAUGUUAUGAUUACAUGUAUGUAUUAGCAUACUGGUCUACAAAUGAUUUUAUGACAUAUUUUUAUAUUAGUUGCUUUGUGGAAAGAAAAAGUAUUGUAUUGCUAUCACUGAGUGCCAUGGCUAAAGAUAGUUUUUAAUAGAAUGAUGUUGUUUAACCUGUGUAGUGUCUGAUUUCCUUUGAACAUCUGGUUAUUGGCGAUGCUUUUAAACCUAUGAGAGUUUGGAGGGGGUGGAAGAGAAAGUAACACUCUGACAUGAUGCUAACUAUAUUGCAGGUAUCUGAAAACGUCUGUUACGUGGCUGCUGUUGACUUAUAUUUUCUGUAGUCUGUGAAACAUUUGGUAUAUUAGAAGUCUAUGUAUAAAAAUUCAACUUUGUAUCCUGAAUAAUUUAGAUUCCGGACAGCUGUAGGCAGUUACCCGUACUGAAGGCUGAUGGCGUAGUUCUUGUUACACUUCAUCCAAAGUACCAAGGGGAAGUAAAGGUGACUUAAGGAAGAAAGCUUUCCAAUAACGAGUAGCUAUCUGCUGAUUCGUGGGGUUCCAGAAUAACCUGUAGGUGAGAGCUGAACUUUUUUUUAAAAUAAAAUUAUGCUUAAGCCAGAUUACAGUUUUGGUAAA